AUGGGAAAUUUUUGUACAUAGAAAGAGAUUGAAGAUAUAUAUAUUUCAGAAUAAUAGAAAUUACAUUAGAAUUCUUUUCAUUACACAUAAAAACCUUUGAAACGCCUUGAAAAAAGUGAGUUUGUUUACACUGAUUAGGAAGUAAGUAUGACAUCAUACAGUUAAUUAGUGAUUCAAAUCAUAGAAUUGAGAGGUGUUUUAGAUUUGACAAGAAGGUAGUAAUAAAGAAAAUAAACAAGAACAUAUUCUUUUCUUAAGAGAUGUUGGAGAUGUAAAAAUAAAUUUUACUAAAUGUUCGAUUUCCUUUUAUUUGUAAAUUGAUACAAUAUCAGAACACUUCUUAAAUGUUUAUUUUUGAAUUAGAGAAUUGUUUAUGUGAUCUUGAAUAAUUCAUGAAAAGAAAAUAAUUAAAUGAGAAUUAGUUAUAAUUCAUUACAGGACAAAUAGUUUUGGCAAUAAAUGAAAUACAUAAGAGUGGUUAUAUAUAUCGAUCUUUGAAUGCACCACAUGUUUUGAUUGCAGAAGAUGGUUAUAUAAGAUUAAUUGGAUUCAGUUUCUCAAGUAAUAAGACAAUAUUUUAUAAAAUAAAUUCAUAUGAAGAAAUACGUAUGUUUCCUCCAGAAGCAAUGGAAAUGGUAUUUGAUUAAAGUGGUGAUUGGUGGUUAUUAGGAGCAUUGUUAUACAAAUUACAAUUUGAUUGUUAUCCAUUUGAGAAUGAUGAAAGGGAUGUUGAUAGAAUAAAAUAAGAGAAGAUGUAGAAUUUAAGAGGAUUUCCUAAAGAAAUAAAAGGAGAGUUAAAAGAUCUGAUGGAGAAUUUGUUAAUAAAGAAUCCAUAGGAGAGAUUAACAAAAUUGGAAAGUAUAAUGGAACACAAAUACUUUGAUAAAUUAGAUUGGAAGUAAUUAAAAGAGAAAUAAAUAGAUUCACCUUUAAAAGAAUGA